AAAGUGCUCUGUUUCUUUAAGGUGUGCAGCUCAUCAUAUAAAUAUGGACCAGAUGGCGUGUUGUAGGAUAUCCCCUGUGAUAACAAGAUGGCUGCAGCUGAAGGAUCAACGUUAAAAGGUCUUCCCAGAAGAGACAAUGAAAAAAGGAGAAAGAAAAAGGACGUGGUUAUUGCUACAGAGAAUGUGGAGAAACAUCCUCUCCAAAGCAGGUGGGCUCUUUGGUUCUUUAAAAAUGUCAGAAGCCAGCCAUGGCAGUGUAAUUUACGUCUCGUGACAACAUUCAACACGGUGGAAGACUUCUGGGCACUCUACACACAUGUCCAGCUAGCGAGCAAGCUGUCCUCUGGAUGCGACUACUCAAUAUUUAAGGAUGGCAUUGAACCCAUGUGGGAAGACAGUAGGAACAAAAGAGGGGGGAGAUGGCUCAUCACUCUGUCCAAGCAGCAAAGACACAGUGACUUGGACACCCUUUGGCUGGAGACGCUGCUGUGUCUAAUUGGUGAAGCUUUUGAUGAACACAGUGAGGAGGUCUGUGGAGCUGUAAUUAACAUUCGUGCAAAAGGUGACAAAAUAGCGCUCUGGACCAGAGAGACUGAAAACAGAGAGGCUGUCACUCACAUUGGCCGUGUUUAUAAGGAGAGACUAGGCCUGUCUUCCAAGGCAGUCAUUGGUUAUCAAGCACAUGCAGAUACAGCCACAAAGAGCAGUUCCCUUACCAAGAACAAGUUUGUGGUGUGAAGACUCAUCGUACAAAUCUCAAUUGUAUGUUGUGCACAGAUUUUCAUUUUUGUUGUUGACAAAAAGAGCUUUAAUUUAUGUUCCUUGAGCAAAUAAAAAUGCAAAAAACAAAA